AUGUUUUCGUCUUCGGGCAGCGGCAAGAAAACACCACAGCAGGAGAUGGUCCAGGUCGAUAGAUCUGAGUCCACCUCGCCGUUCUGGCGCCCCCAACGAGAGGCAACCCCGAAACGAACAGGUCGCGAUCCGAAUAUGGUGGUGGGGGCAGCCUAUUCCCAUGCGGACAUGCUGAAGUUCGACAAUCUUCACGUAUCCGGUCCUUCGUCUCGACCGAAGACUCCCCCAUCCUCGUCUUCGCAAAAGGCUCGAAAUAGUGACGUUGGUUCUCCGCCGCCCAAGUCUUCUGGAGGUCCAUCCUCUCCUCCCUUGAAGUCCUACUUUCACUUUCUCUCGAACACGAACUCCGACUGGAAUGUAGAAGACCCGGAGGGGGGAGAUAUGCUCGGCUACGAAGAUGACGAUGGAGACGACUUCGGCUUGCCUAGCCUAUCAAACAUGCAACGCCGAACUCGCCGCAAAGCAGCUGCUCAAGGCGGUAGUAGCCUUACAUCUCGAGGCCAUCCGGCACCUCUCGAGACUGCUCUUGGCUUCAAUACUCGACGCUUCUCUGACAGCGCCGAUAUAGCGAUUGAAAGGCCGGCAGCGGCUUAUCCGAUGCCGAAGAAGAGCGAAGGGAAAAUAUUGAGGCCGCAAUACAAAGACAUCCUUAAAGGUUUCUUCUCCCUCAGCUCUUAUCCAGCCAAUGCCCUACAUCUCAUCGAUCACCCCGCUACUCCAGCCAAUGCUACGCCGAAGGAAAUCGACGCCAUCAACUCUCGGGUCACGAAAAUCAACAAGUUCAAAAAGAUCCUCCAAGCCACGACAAUACCGCUGACAGAUUUGAGGGCUCUUGCGUGGGGUGGUGUUCCAAAAGAAGUCCGCGCUAUAACCUGGCAGCUUCUCCUCAGCUACCUGCCCACUAGUAGUGAACGGCGUGUGGCAACGCUCGAGCGCAAGCGAAAGGAAUACCUCGACGGAGUCCGGCAAGCUUUUGAACGUGGCGGCACGAACCCUGCCCCGAGUGGCCGCUCAAGAGGCCUCGAUGAAGCUGUAUGGCAUCAGAUCAGUAUUGACGUACCCAGAACCAAUCCACACAUCGAACUUUAUAGCUACGAGGCAACUCAACGGUCGUUGGAGCGAAUUUUAUACCUUUGGGCUAUCCGGCACCCAGCGAGUGGGUAUGUUCAAGGGAUCAAUGAUUUGGUUUCCCCGUUCUGGCAGGUCUUCCUGGGCUCUUAUAUCACUGAUUUCAACAUCGAGAGCGGCAUGGAUCCAGGUCAACUGCCGAAAGCGGUGCUGGACGCGGUGGAAGCCGAUUCGUUCUGGUGCCUGACAAAGUUACUGGAUGGGAUUCAGGAUCACUACAUUGUUGCCCAGCCAGGAAUCCAAAGACAAGUUGCUGCACUUCGGGACCUUACCGCUAGGAUCGACGAAGGCCUUGCCAAGCAUCUAGAGAACGAAAAUGUCGAAUUCAUCCAGUUCAGCUUCCGGUGGAUGAAUUGUCUCCUCAUGAGAGAGAUCAGUGUCCAGAAUACUAUUCGCAUGUGGGAUACAUACCUGGCCGAGGAGCAAGGGUUUUCGGAAUUCCACUUGUAUGUUUGCGCGGCGUUCCUCGUCAAGUGGUCAGCCAAACUGGUCAAGAUGGACUUUCAAGAGAUCAUGAUGUUUUUGCAGGCAUUGCCAACGCGAGACUGGACCGAGAAAGAUAUCGAGCUCCUACUCAUGGACCCAGUCGAGCUCCAACUACGAACCUUCAGUUAUAAUGAACACGUCACGACCUAA